AUGGUUAGUAGCGGACAGUAUGACAAUACAAUAGAGGCAAGGAGAAGGGCAUUAGUGAGGUGCUGCAAAAAGUGGCAUUUAAGGCAGGAUAUGUAUUGGAAGCAAAUGUCAAGAUCUCGGCAUGCCAAUAAGAUGGAUCGGAACACAAGGUACUUCCAUAAUAUAGCUUCUGCAAGAAGAAGGAAUAACCGGAUUGAGUCGUUGGCGAUUAAUGGGAGGCUAGUGAGGAAUCAAGCAAGAAUCAAGUUUGCGGUUCAGGACUUUUACAAACGCCUGUACCACCAGGAAGCGACCCCAAGGGUGAGCUUUAGGGAUGGAUUAGUUAAUCGUUUAGAGAUGGAGGAAGUGAAAACGUUAGAGGCGCUACCAUCAGUAGAGGAAGUGAAGGAGGCAAUUUGGGAUUGUGAAUAUUCUAAGGCUCCAGGGAGUGACGGAUACAACAUGAAUUUUAUAAAAAAGUGCUGGAAUGAGAUUGGAACGGAAUUCACUAUAGCUGUGAUAGAUUUCUUCAAGACAACAAGAUUAGCAGCAAACGCUAAUGUCACAUGGGUAGCGUUGGCUCCGAAAUUCGUUGGGCUAAGGAUAUAA